CACAACACGCGUACGCAUUAAAAUACUCACGCACACACCGUCGCACAAAAAUUCCACAGCGCGUUGAUUGUUUCGGGGCAGUUUUGUUGGUCGCCCUAAUUUUCAUUUUAUUAUUAUUUACUUUAGUUGCUGUUUCGUUUAAGUUUAAUUUGUUCGGACCCAUUUUAACCGUUGUGCCGCCGUUCGUAUCGAGUGGAGUGUUGUGUGUGCUUCGUAGCGUAGACUUUCCGUGUUCCGUGUUGGCCCGUUCCGUAACCCGUGUACAAUCCAUUGGCUGGGUUUUGUUCGCUCCUAUAACAAAGUGGUGGCUUCUUCUUCGCUGGCCCAUCAUCAUCAUCAGCAGCAGCACGUCAAAGCAGAGCAGUUAAAGUGCUGACCUCGCUCGUGGGCCCUGACGACGGGUGAGACGGGCGAGCAUAUAAAACGUUGAGCAAAGAAAGCGAAGCGGAACGGGAAACUUGCGAAUGCAAAUAAACUUCCGUACCGCAGCGAUGGCAGCCAAGUGAGAUCGGGUGUGCAUCGUCAGCGGGGCAGUUCAUUUUCUUGGUCUUCUUUCCUGUCGGCCCAACUCCAAAGGCGCCAACGGUGUGCCCACUCUCCCUUUUUUGCAUCUCGUAGCAGCAACGGGGCAAGGAUCAACGCGGCGAAAGAAGAAAACGCGCCCCUUUUUACGACUCCAUAAAGGGGAGAAAUUUUCGAUCCCCCUAAAACCCGCCACAAAGUGACGGCAGCAGUAGCAUAGGAUCGCCAAGUACGAGAACAGGCGUACGAAAAAAUGCAACGGUUCGCAGCACAGCAGGCUGCCGAAGAUCGCGAUGUUACGGGCACCGAACGUGUGAAGAUCAUGUUGUGAAAAAUGAAUCGUUUCGUGUCCGUGCGCAUCUGGUGGCGGAAUCCGUGCCUUAUCGACGACCGCGGCACCGCGAAAGGGUGGGAAUGUUCGACUGAAAAAUGCAUGAUUCAACAAACGGCGAUGAGCGUACGAGUGCAGUUGCCGCAAGCAUCUUCUUCGUUCACGCGACCGAUGCGGUCGUCGUUGCUGGUUGGAUGAUGGAUUGAACGCGCAAAUGAAUGAUUCACGAUCGAAGCGAACGAACGAACGAAACGACCGUACUGCAAGUGUUUCACCCUGAUAGUGAAGGGAGCGCGAUAGGCAAGAGACAAGCGCUAACGCGUAACAUAAUAGAGCGCAGACCUGAGUUAACACAGUUUUGCAGCGGUUAUCAUCGAAUUAGGGUCCGGAAAGUCGGUCUCUCUAAUCGGUGAUAAAGCCUGCAAACGACGAUUGCGCCCGAGCGCUUGUGUGUGUGUGCUUCGUACUGGAUAGGAAAAAAGCGAUGGGUGAUGCGAAGGUAAAGCAGCAGCCCUUUUUCGGGAAUCAACCCCAUCAUCAUCACCAUUCUUCGCCUACAACAUCGAAAGCAAACGGCACUGCAACCAUGGCAACGGUAGUGAUGGAUCCGAAGCAUGCAACAGGCGGGCUGCUCCCGGGCAGUCCUCAGCAACCGGGAAAAGAACCGAUAACGAGCAACAGCAGCACCACACCUGUUGCAGGGAAAGAUAAGAGUCCUGCGAGCUACAAGUACGAACAGCUGAAACUGCGCAAACAAGAACUGGAAAAGCGACUCAAUGAAAAGUACAGCCAACUGCAGCAAAUCAAGCGCGAGGAAGCUCAGCUAAUCGGAAUGUAUCCAAGCGAUUUUAGCUGCGGCAUAGGGCCGGACAAUGUAAACGGUACGUCGGGCACUAGUGGUGGCGGUGCGGGAACGGGCAAUGGAACCGCCCCAACGUUGCGGCGCAAAAUCGGCACCAGUUUUAAGCUGCCGGAAAAUCUCCUAAACAACAAGGAGGACGACAUAAACAAGCUACUGCUGGAAAAACAAAUUCAGCAGCAAAUUUCCGAAGCUUCCCUACGGCUGGCGAACGAUACGGGGCAGCCAAAGUCGGUGCGACGAACGCACAAACAAAAUUACGAAACGGCACAGCAGAAGCUGCUGGCGAUUAAUCAAAACUUGAGCGUGCUCAAGAAGCGUCAGCAGCAGAAAGAGCAACAACAGCAAAAGGAUCAGCUGCAGCAGCAGCAGCAGCAGCAGCAGGCGAGCGAGCACCACCGACCCACGUCGCGGGACGAUAUCGAUCUGCACAAAACGGCACAGGUGAAUCGGUUCCGGUCGAACAGUAACAGCAGCAGCAUGUUGAUGCAUCUUUCCGAGCGAAGAAAUUCGAUCAAAUCGAACAACUCUUCCAAUGCGUCCGGAAGUAUCAGCGGGCAUCAUCUGUUGCAGCAGCAGCAGCAGCAGCACCACCACCAACAGCAACAGAUGCUGCAAAUACAAAUCCCAGGAGGACACUAUCAUAUCGCGCAACAGCAGCAACAGCAGCAGCAGCAUCAGAGCCAGCAAAUAUCGCCCUACUCGAUUCACAGCGGUAUUAUACCGUCCGGAUCCCAAAGCAUGACGUCCGCCGCUUCGGCGGCUAUGAUUUCCCAGCUCAGCAUGCUACGGCACCGUGCGCGUACGGACAGUUUUCCCGGCAUCGCGACGACGGCAAGCUACGAUUCCGUUUCGCAGACCGGAUCCGGCACGACGGAUCCAAGCAUUGCGAGUGGUGGCAGCAGUGUGCAGCAGCAGCAGCAGCAGCAACAUCUACAUCCGCACCAUCAUCAUCCGGCGCGGAUGAACCACCGACUGAUACAGCAGCAAAUGGGAAUGACCAGUAAUGCUUCGCCCGCGUACGUUCUCUCACCGACGGCGGUCGGCGUUUCGCCGGGAGGAAGCGGAACCGGUCAAGCAUUUGUGUACGACGCGAAAGUGAUCUCAAGACUGCAGGGUGGCGCUAGCAACAGCAACCCACGCUCACCGCAAGCAGUACCGACGGCGGGUUCCUACGGUCCUGUCAUCAACGAUCAGAACUACUGUCCCAAUGCGAUGGGUGGCUCGUUGGCGCCCCAAAGCUCGGGUACGCAAGGUGGUGCAGGAUAUGAUUACGGCGGGACGCUCGAAUCACCGACCGCGCCGGCCGGACUUGGAGGCUACUGGAUGACGCUGGAUAAUGGCGAAAAGGUGUGGUGUUCGGUCGACAGCCGUCAGUUUUCGAGCUUGGACCGCAAGCAGCAAGGCACCGGUGGAGCUGCAACCGGUGGCAGCAUGAAGCUUUCCCGAACAAGCACCAAACUGAACGGCUCGAAACCGGUCACGUCGGCAGUGAAGUCUUCCUCGUUGGGAAAUUUCCAGGAGUACAUCGGCAAAGCGUCUUCGCUGGACGAGAGCGACAUGCUGUCCGUGCAGCCGGAUGCAAUUUCCGUAACUUCCGGUUCGAGUGAGCAUAAAAAGCGUGAGAAAGUGUGGCGCGAAACAUCGCUCGAUAGUCCGGUGGUGAAGCAUAAAGCACUGCCACCCGUGCCACCUUCCUCCUCCUUAGGUCAGAUGUCUCCUUCCUCGAUCGGGAGCGGACACAUGAUGCCACAGUCACCUCCGUACAUCCCACCGAUGAGUAGCAAUCCUUCGUCGACGGCACCGCUGCACAUAAAUACGAACGUUUCCGGGUAUGGUGGACCGUGUUCGCCUUUGCUGCUUUCCCCACAGCAGAUGCGCUAUUAUCAGCAACGACAGCAACAGUUGCUGGAGCAACAACGACAAAGGAUUAAGCAGCAGCAGCAGCAGCAGCAUCAGCAACAGUCACCGAUGGGUUCGAUAGGAGGAGGAUCGACGGGAGAUCACUACAAUGCCUCCUACACGUACCAAACGCAGCAAGAACACCAACCGAUGCCUCCGUAUCACUCCCGGCACCAGCAUCCACCGCCUCCUCCUCUUCCACCACCGAACCAGCACCAUUACCACCAUUCGCAGCAGCUCCAGAACCGGCUGCAGCAUCCACCCUCCGUACCCGCCCAACCACAGCAUCUUGAUCUCCUGCCACCCAUGUCCGCCCACCAUCACCAUUCACCAUCCUCCCAUCGGGCAGGUGGGCAACAGCACCAGCAUCGUCAGCCCGAUCCCGGCUACUUCCCGCACGCGGCACAUCUCUCCAACGCGCUCUCCUCCCGCCAUCCCGAUCUGGUCAUUUCGCCCACCCUUUCGCAAGCAUCUUCCCACACGCUGACGUCCGUUGUGCAGGCGCUACCGGUCGUUGGAGGUGGGGAAGAAAAUGGCUUUUCCGCUCCAUCCUCACCAACUCCGUCGUCCGGGAAGCUAGCGCCACAGCAACACACACCACCGUCCGACAUUCAGAUGGAAUCACCGAAAAACAUGACCGUCGUACAGCAGGGCAAGAUAAUGCCAUACAAGGAGGUGACGAAACCGUUCGAGAUGUCCGAUUUCUACAAAUACUCCACCAAAUACCGGCAGAAGCAGCAGCAGCAGCAGCAGCAGCAGCAACAGCAACAGCAGCUUCAGCAAACAUCGCCAGUCGGGCAGGAGGGUGAAAGCGCGGUGGUAGGUACGGGGGUAGACGGGGACGGUCUGCAUAAGGGCAUUUAUCAGCCACCGAAUCGGUCCAUCUGUCAACCGAUCGUUAACCACUACAAUUGAAUGUUCGGGAAAGAUGAGAGGCAUGCAUAAAGGAAAGGGGUUUGCCCUGGUCAGCAGAACUACUGUUUCGUUAAAGUGGACGGUGCAUUCGGACAGCUGCUCAAACGCUUGUUCUAUUGACCAAGUAAAGCCUCCUUUUUUGUUAAUGGCAAUUGUAAAGAUUUCAAUGUUGACCCUGAGAGACAUAUUUAUUGAUAAGGCGUCAGACAAUGUAACCUAAAAGGGGGUGCUGGGGCUGGAAUGUAACUAAGACUAUUUGUACCUGUGUGUAUUGAGCGUGUGUUCCGCUGGUUCGUGGGAAUGCGGAAGCAAACAAGCCAAUUGGCCAGCGGUUCCGAUUUGUUUGCUGUGACACCAAACCCAAUGUGUGUGCGUGUGUGUGUGUACGGUUGGAUUUUUAUGUUCAUGUACUUUCCGUUAUCGGUGCUGCGACUUUGUUUGUCUCGAUAACAAGCCCUGUUUUUGCUGACUUUUUUCCCCAUCCGCUUGUCCAGAAAUGGUUCCUGUGAGCUUCUGAAGUUUUUUUUUGCCUUCCUUCUUUCACGUACUGUUUGGUGUUUGGUUGUAGUAAAUUGUUUGCAAAAGGGGGAAAAAGGGGUUCGAUUCUUCUCCUCAUUUCUUGUACGCUGUACAAGACCAUGAAGGAUGAUGAAUAAAUUGGUUUCGGUUGAAACGAGCUCGAAUGAUUCGCCGCUUGCAUCGCUUGGUGUGUGAUGAAGUUCGAACAAAACUUAUCUUUUGAAAUUGUUUAUUUAAAGGCAAAAUCGUUAUAAGCUGCUUUGAAAACUAUGCCACACCGCAAUACAUCGAUCGAAUCUUAUUUCUUGCCACGAAACGAUACUCCAAUUGCGUCUUGGAACCUUUUUUAAUGUUCACAAUGUGGCAUUCUCGUUGCUCACACACACACACAUGAUUCAAGUUUGCGUUGUUAGUUUUGCGAACGAAAAAACUCGGGUGUGUCGGAAAAAAAUGGUGAUCGUUUCCUUAUCUGCACGCUCUCGAUAGGACGAUAAGUGAAACUAGAGAUUGUUUAUACUGCCACAGUACGGAAGGUACUACGAGCAGACACAGAGGGAAUUUAAUUACUGCAACAUACCAAAACCGAACCCAACCGCCGAUACGUACGUAUCUCACGGGGAAGAUGAUCAUCGUGGUUCUUUUCCCCACUGAUGUAUCAUCACUUCUUUGCACAGCAUAAUAGGCCUAGGAAGCAGAUUUUGUUGCUGUGGUAAGACUGAAAUAGACAGAGCGGGAAACCAAGAAACCCAGUGUUCCACGGUUCCCCUACGACACAAGACUUAAUACCGCAUUUCGAGUGUAGGUUCGGCUAUUCCCUUUCAAUUCCUCCACAAUUUUGCCGUUUAAUAAUACAACGAUGUAGUUAGUAACGAAAUUCGGUGAACAACAAGACUUGCAGCAUUUGACAAAGAGAAUAGCGAGCGGAAGACUUUAUCGUACGUCCACCAACUGCUACUGGACGGUUUAGGGAUAUUGAAAGCAAACGUGUAUGGCCUUAUGAUCAUGAGCAAUUAUCACCUCAUCCGACAAUGCUACUGUAAUUUCACCUCAUUUGGUAUAAGCGCUAUCGAUACCGAAACCGGCUUAUUUAAUAAUCAGGAAGCUUUUGUACUUUUCCACGGGCAGAGUAAGGUUGUAAAUAUAGGCUGUAAGAACGACAACCAUCUUGCUCUUCUCUGUCGGUUUUAGACCAUAGUUAAUUAGUGUGUAAUCGUUUCGUUAACCUUCAACUAUCUUAUCAUACACACAAGUUUGAUUAUUCUUGGAUACGCUUGUUAAAAUCUUCCAUAUAAGUUAGUGAAAUUGGAAAAAAAAAGUUGUUCGGAAAGGUUACAAGUUGCACCGUCUCCAACACACAUUUUCCAUUUCUGUUUGUGCGGAUCGAAAUUCAUCAAAUCAUAGUACAGAUUAGUUAGGGAAAUCCACGGUGUAGGGUGGGUUCAGUACCGUGCUGUUACAGUUAUAGUAGCAUUUUGUUUAAUGUAGAAUCCGAGCUAAGUCUUAGGCUAGUACGAUGGGAGGGUGAUAACCCGUGUUAAGUAACGCGCAUCAUAUGCAAUUCUGUAUGGCAUAUGAGAUAGAUCAAUUUAUGAAUGGGUGAAUGUGUCCUGUUUUCUUUAUGCGUUAAGACUUUUGUAGGAGCGUGUGUGCAAAUGAGUGCGAAAUAAAAAGGAAAAUUUUUGUACAUUUUUUCAA